AUGGCACCAGCCAUUGGUAUCGAUCUAGGUACGACCUACUCAUGCGUGGGUGUCUUCCGAGACGACCGCAUUGAGAUUAUCGCCAAUGACCAGGGCAACCGAACCACUCCCUCGUUCGUUGCUUUCACCGACACAGAGCGUCUGAUUGGUGAUGCCGCAAAGAACCAAGUCGCCAUGAACCCCCACAACACCGUCUUUGACGCCAAACGACUGAUUGGCCGGAAAUUCAGCGACCCUGAAGUCCAAGCCGACAUGAAACACUUCCCAUUCAAGGUCAUCGACAAGGGUGGCAAGCCAGUCAUCCAAGUGGAGUUCAAAGGAGAAGAGAAGCAGUUCACACCCGAAGAGAUCUCCUCAAUGGUCUUGACCAAGAUGAGAGAGACUGCGGAGUCAUACCUCGGUGGCACAGUCAACAACGCUGUCAUCACCGUCCCUGCAUACUUCAACGAUUCUCAGCGCCAAGCCACCAAGGAUGCUGGUUUGAUCGCCGGCCUCAACGUCCUCCGUAUCAUCAACGAACCCACCGCUGCCGCCAUUGCUUAUGGUCUCGACAAGAAGGCUGAGGGCGAGCGCAAUGUCCUCAUUUUCGACCUUGGUGGUGGUACUUUCGAUGUUUCUCUCCUCACCAUUGAAGAGGGUAUCUUCGAGGUCAAGUCCACUGCUGGUGACACUCACCUGGGUGGUGAGGACUUCGACAACCGUCUUGUCAACCACUUCGUGAAUGAGUUCAAACGCAAGCAUAAAAAAGAUUUAAGCUCCAACGCUCGGGCUUUGCGUCGUCUUCGAACCGCUUGCGAACGUGCCAAGCGCACCCUGUCCUCGUCCGCACAAACCUCGAUUGAGAUUGACUCUCUGUACGAAGGAAUCGACUUCUACACCUCCAUCACCCGUGCCCGAUUCGAAGAGCUUUGCCAAGAUCUCUUCCGAUCUACCAUGGAGCCUGUGGAGCGUGUCCUGCGUGAUGCCAAGAUCGACAAGUCGUCUGUCCACGAGAUCGUCUUGGUUGGUGGAUCCACCCGUAUCCCCAGAAUCCAGAAGCUUGUCUCCGACUUCUUCAACGGCAAGGAACCCAACAAAUCAAUUAACCCCGAUGAGGCUGUUGCCUAUGGUGCCGCAGUCCAAGCCGCCAUCUUGUCUGGUGAUACCUCAUCCAAGUCGACCAACGAAAUCUUGCUCUUGGAUGUCGCGCCACUGUCUCUCGGUAUCGAGACCGCUGGUGGUGUCAUGACUCCUCUUAUCAAGCGCAACACCACCAUCCCCACCAAGAAGUCCGAGACCUUCUCCACCUUCUCCGACAACCAGCCUGGUGUGUUGAUUCAAGUCUAUGAGGGUGAGCGUGCUCGCACUAAGGACAACAACCUGCUCGGCAAGUUCGAGCUUUCCGGCAUUCCUCCUGCUCCUCGUGGUGUUCCUCAGAUUGAGGUCACUUUCGAUCUUGAUGCCAAUGGAAUCAUGAACGUCUCUGCCGUGGAGAAGGGCACUGGCAAGUCCAACAAGAUUGUCAUCACCAACGACAAGGGCCGUCUUUCCAAGGAAGAGAUCGAACGCAUGCUUGCUGAGGCCGAAAAGUACAAGGCCGAAGACGAGGCUGAGGCUUCUCGCAUCAGCGCCAAGAACGGCCUUGAGUCGUACGCCUACUCUCUCAAGAACACCCUGGCCGACUCCAAGGUCGAUGAGAAACUCGACGCAUCUGACAAGGAGAAACUCAAGUCCGAAAUCGACAAGAUCAUCUCCUGGCUCGAUGAGAACCAAACCGCCACCAAGGAAGAGUACGAAUCUCAACAGAAGGAGCUUGAGGGCGUUGCCAAUCCCAUCAUGAUGAAGUUCUACGGCGCUGGUGGUGAAGGUGGUAUGCCCGGUGGAAUGCCCGGUGGUGGUAUGCCUGGCGGCCCUGGCGGAUUCCCUGGCGCUGGCGGUGCUGGCCACGGCGAUGAUGGCCCAACUGUCGAGGAGGUUGACUAA